UGGAAGACGUACUGUGCAGGUGAGCCGGAGGCGGCGGCGGCGGCGACGACGGGCCAGUGGGACGUUCGAGUUGUGGGGGGAUGGGGUACGCGCGGACGGUGAAGGCGGCUACGGCAGCUGCGGCGGCGGUGCUGGUGGCGUUCGGGGUGCGGCUGGUGGCGCCGGCGGCGGCGGGGUUCGUGACGGACGAGCUGCCGCGGGCGCAGGCGGCGGCGGCCACGUGGCUGACACCGCCGUACCUGUACCUCGUCAUCAACGCCAUCAUCUUGUCCAUCGCGGCGUCGUCGCGGUUCCAGCCUAACCGCCCGUGGGCAUCGGCCUCCGCCGCGGCGGCCGCUGACGACGCGCCGUUAGUGCGGCCGGCUCCGGUCGCGGUGCCCGCUCCGGUGGUGACGACGAUGGCGAUGGAGGUGCCCGUCGUGCCGGUACCGGAGGUGCUGGCUCCAGAGCUCAUUCCCGUAGAGGAGGUGACAGUGCCGGAGGUGAUGAAGACGGCGCCGGAGGUGGAGGAGACGGAGGAGAACUUCACGAUCUCGAGGUCCACAUGGAGGCCGCGGCGGAGGAGCACCGAGGUGGAGGUGGAGAACGAGGUUUCACCGUUCGCGGACCUGACGAACGAGGUGUCACCGUUCGCGGACCUGACGAACUCGGGGGAGAAACCGCUGGUGUCUGCUCGAAUCGGCCGGAAGCCGGCCAAGGCGAGCCCAGAAGGGAGCAGGGCGCUGGGCGUGUCGCGGCCGCGGAAGGAGCAGACGCUGGAGAGCACAUGGAAGGCCAUCACGGAGGGGCGGGCGCCGCCGCUGGCGCGGCACCUCAAGAAGUCGGACACCUGGGAGACCCGCCCCGGGCGCCGCCCGUCCGGCGGCGAGGACGCGCCCCCGCCGGCGACGGCGAUGCGGAAGGCGGAGACGUUCAACGAGGCGGGCGGGGGGAGGAAGGUGAGGCGGGAGCCGUCGCUGGGGCAGGACGAGCUGAACCGGCGGGUGGAGGCGUUCAUCAACAAGUUCAACAUGGAGAUGCGGCUGCAGCGGCAGGAGUCGCUCAAGCACUACAACGACAUGAUCAGCAGAGGCAGCAUCCAUUACUGACGUACACACCUCGACAGCAAGCUCCAUGGCGAUGGCAAGCAAGCGCUUGUUGUUUUUUUGGGUCGGUAGUUUUGGCUUUUCCUUUUUUUUUUCUUUCCCUUCAACUUUGAGUUGUGUAAGAAAUGGUUUUGUUCAAGAUGACAGUGAUAUUAAAAAGAAAGACAAUAUUGUUCAUAUUAGAGGUUAUUACAGAUUAGUGGAAACCACCCAAAUAUCUUGGGGGGCCUUGUGUAUGAAUUACUCACUAGCUAGCUUGGUUAUGGCAACAUGACUUCAUGAAACU